AUCCCAUUUGAGUUCAUACAUGAUAUUUAUUUUAACGGUCAUGCUAAAAACGAACACGUAAACGUGGUUUGUAUUGGAUGUACACUGCCUCCCCAGUCACAUUAGUCUUUUCACCUGUAUACGAGCGUUUAAACCAUGGUGAUUCCUUCUACACGGCCAUUUAACCCACGGUGAUUGAUUCCCAUAUAUGACGGUUUAGUCCAUGGUCAUUCCUUGUAUACGCGUUUAGCUCUGGGCGAUUCCUUGUGUAUGGGUUUGUUGCAUUGUAAGCUAUCGGUUUAUUUCUCAUUAACUGGCCAAGAAAAGUCCAUUCUUGGAAGGACCCAAUUUUGAAGAUUCGAACCAGAAUGUUACUCCCUUGUAUCACCUUCUUCUUUCUAAUGCUAGGAACUUCUAGAUCAUUAUCAGACACUAUAGCUGUGAAUCAAAACAUCUCAGAUGGUCAGACCAUUGUUUCAGGGAACUCAAAAUUUGAGCUAGGCUUAUUUAGCCCAGGCAACUCCAAAAAUCGAUACCUUGGUAUAUGGUUUAAGAACACAUCUUCGCAAACAGCUGUAUGGGUUGCGAACCGCGAAACUCCACUUAUAGAUAACUCGGGUGUGGUCAAACUAGACAACAAAGGGAACCUGUCUCUUGUUGAUGGUAGCGGGAAAGUCAUUUGGUCUUCCAACUCAUCAGCAUCUAGCACAAGUAUUAACCUCGUAGCACAACUCAUUGAUACGGGCAAUUUAGUAGUUAAAAAUGAAAACGAAGCCAAUAAUGAAAGUUUUGUUUGGCAGAGUUUUGAUUACCCUGGAGAUACCUUCAUUGAAGGAAUGAAGUUGGGCAAGAACUUUAUAACCGGAAGAGAAACAUAUUUGACAUCAUGGAGGAGUGCAGAUGAUCCUUCACCAGGUGAGUAUACAUUAAGGUUUUCAAUGGUUUAUGGUAGAUAUCCACAAUUAUAUAUUAGAUCAAGAAGCUCUGCUAUUGAAGCAAGGAUCGGGCCAUAUAAUGGCAUAUCAUUUUCUGGCCGGCCACUCAUUACUCCUGAGACUGCUGAUCCGCCAUUCGCUAGUCAUAUGGUUGUGAAUCAGAACGAGAUGUAUUUCGCUACUUAUUCUAUAAAAAAUACCACGACACUCUUGUCAAGAACGAUAGUAACUACCGGUGGUAAACUUGAGAUCUUGUGGCUAAAUUAUCCAAACACAGAAUGGAUGCAGAGUCUCACCUUACCAGUAGAUUAUUGUGACAACUAUGGAGUGUGUGGCCCGUAUGGGAGCUGUAAUACAGACACUUCUCCUUACUGUGGCUGCUUGAAAGGAUUUGAACGAAAAUCCUCAGAAAAUACAAAUGUUUGUCAACAGAGCAUAGCCAUGGAUUGUGGGCCUGGAGAGGGGUUCCAUAAGUUUUCAAGCAUGAAAUUGCCAGACACGGAGAAUGCUGUCUUCAGUAGCAACAUGAGCCAACUAGAUUGUGAGGCAGCUUGCAAGAAUAACUGUUCAUGCACCGCCUAUGCAAAUCCAAACAUCACUACAGGUAGAGUUGGGUGCUUGCUAUGGUUUGGGGGUUUGAUUGAUGUCCGAGUAUACCCACAAAACGGGCAAGAUCUUUAUGUUAGACUUGCCGCCUCAGAAUUAUCAGACCUCCAUUCCAGCUUCGAUGGAAAGAAACGACUAGUUAUGGUAGUGACUUUGUCAAUAUCAGCUUUAGUUACUUUGGUGGGCUUCAUAUUGGCACUCUACAUCAUACGGAGAAAACAGAAGAAGAAGUCAGAUGCAGAGACAGCAGGUAGACCUACAGAGACCCUUGAUGAAGAUUACAAAGGUAUCAACAUGCAUAUGGGAAGUGCAGAGGUACCGUUGUUUAGCUUAGCUGAAAUUUCUAAGGCUACCAAUGACUUUUCGAUCAACAACAAGCUGGGGCAAGGCGGGUUUGGACCAGUUUACAAGGGUGUGCUAAAAGAAGGACAAGAGAUUGCUGUGAAACGGCUAUCAAAGUCCUCUCGACAAGGGCUUGAUGAAUUUGAGAAUGAAGUUAUAUGCAUUGCCAAACUUCAGCAUCGGAAUCUUGUGAAGCUUCUAGGGUAUUGCAUUCAAGACGAUGAGAAAAUGUUAAUCUAUGAAUACAUGCCUAACAAAAGCCUAGACUGUAUUUUAUUUGAUGAAUCAAGGAAGUUGAAACUUGAUUGGCAACAAAGAUUCCACAUAAUCCAUGGGAUUGCUCGAGGACUUCUUUAUCUUCAUCAAGAUUCUCGGCUUAAAGUUGUACAUAGGGAUUUAAAAGCAGGGAACAUUUUACUUGAUCAUUUGAUGUGUCCAAAGAUAUCAGAUUUCGGCUUAGCCAGAAUGUUUAAAGAAGACGAGAGUGAAGCAAAUACAAAGAGAAUCGUUGGAACUUUGGGCUACAUAUCUCCAGAGUACGCAGUGGACGGUCUCUACUCCGUUAAGUCAGAUAUAUUUAGCUUUGGCGUUUUAGUACUAGAAAUAGUGAGCGGGAAGAAAAAUAGAGGAUUUGUUGAUGAAGACCAUGAUGAUAACCUUCUUGGACACGCAUGGAGACUUUACACAGAUGGCAGGUCUCUCGAUCUAAGUGAUGAAUGUUUAAGCGGGUCCUCUUCUUCUGAAGUGUUGCGAUCAGUACAAGUUGGCCUAUUGUGUGUGCAACAACGAGUAGAAGAUAGACCUGACACGCAGACUGUGGUUGCGAUGUUGCGUGGUGAAGGCUCACUUCCUUCUCCCAAAAAACCAGCUUUCUUUAUUCAAGAUAGUGAAAUCAACUCGAGCUCCGUUCUUCCUUUACUAUCAUCAUCUGUUAAUGGAAUAACAUUGAGUCAAGUAGAUGGUAGAUGGUGAAAAGAAAUAUUUGUGUCAUGUUCUAAGCCAAUUUUAGAUGCCUAAAUUGAUUAUAUGUAAAGAAUGGAAUAUUAUUUGGAUCAGUGUGUACUUACUAGUUUUGUCAACAUAAAUGUGUGUUUGUAUGUGUA